GCAGCAGUUGACUGCGGCGGGGAGCUGGCCGGAGGCCUGUUGAGGCGUUCUCCAACGAUCUACUACCUCGCGCAGCAUGUCCGGGCGCGGCAAGACCGGCGGCAAGGCCCGCGCCAAGGCCAAGUCGCGCUCGUCGCGUGCGGGCCUCCAGUUUCCAGUGGGCCGGGUGCACCGGCUGCUGCGGAAGGGCCAUUACGCCGAGCGGGUCGGCGCCGGCGCGCCCGUGUACCUGGCGGCGGUGCUCGAGUACCUGACUGCCGAGAUCCUGGAGCUGGCGGGCAACGCGGCCCGCGACAACAAGAAGACGCGGAUCAUCCCGCGCCACCUGCAGCUCGCCAUCCGCAACGACGAAGAGCUCAACAAGCUGCUGGGCGGCGUGACGAUCGCCCAGGGAGGCGUCCUGCCCAACAUCCAGGCCGUGCUGCUGCCCAAGAAGACCAGCGCCACCGUGGGGCCUAAGGCGCCUGCGGGCGGCAAGAAGACCACGCAGGCCUCUCAGGAGUACUGAGGGCGCCCGCCCGUAGCGGGGCGUCCCGGCCCUCCCCGUGCCACCACAACGGCCCUUUUAAGGGCCACCACCGCCCUCACGGAAAGAGCUGAGCCACGGCUGGCCCCGAGACGGGCGGCCCCGGCCCUCCGCUUUCCCCCGCGCCCUCGUCUCCCGCCGCCCAGGCCCCGCGCCCCGCCGGCCUCGCUCCCCUCCCGUCCCCUGCCCGCGCCCGCUGCCCGCCCCGGAGCCGGGGUGCAGGCCCUCGCCCUCGGCCGCGGGGAAAGGGACAGCCAGGCCGCGCUUGCAGGAGCCCGCGGCUGUUGGGACUCGGCUCUCGCGCCUGCGCGGCCUGCUUCGGCGGCGCUCUGGGGCGGCCCUUCGGCGCGUGGUGCCGGGGACGAGCGGGGCCAGCACCUGCUGUCCGUGCUCGCGGCUCGCCGCCGCCAGGCCCCGGACGCGCCGGAGCGAGGUGCGUGGCCGGCGGCGCCGCGGCCUGAAGGUGAGUCGGUUCGAGCAGCCAGCCCGGCCCCCAGCGGCUGCAGCCUUGUCCCCGGUACUCCUCCAGCUUGGUGCUCAGCCCGGGACCUCUGAUUUCCAGGCUUCGACGGGAGAGAAGUCGGUCCCUAAUUUGCUCUGGUGCCCCCCUCGCUGCCAAAUCAUGGGGCUUUCACAUCAGAUCCUCUCCGUCUUAACUCGCAGGCCUGUCCGGCGGGCCAGGGUCAAACUCGUCCUAAGGUGACCAUCUUUUCUCCAGAGGUGACUGCUGUUGGGGUUCACGGUUAGCGGCGUGGCCAGCACGAGUCGUGGAUGUGCCUGCAAGACCGGCAGCCAGGCCUGCCCACUCCACCCUGAUGUCCCUCCCGGCAACUCAACUCAGCAACCCACGCACCUACUUACUAGAUACCAGCAAAAGUCAGUUAAGCCCUGUCUGAACUGAGCCUCUGUUGGCUUCUGAACUGGAAUUUUGCAGAUAACCCAUCUAUGACUAAUACCUUAGGUAUUGGGGUGUUUCAGGUGGACUAAUUUUGUUUAUUAAAUGGUUGGUUUUUUUAAAAAAAUGAAAUGUCUGUUUUCAUUUUGUCAAAGAGUUGUAGGAUUGACGAGUUUGUAACAAUCUCCUGAGGUACUGUGGGGGACUA